CGCUUCCUAGGAUAGGGGUAGUGACCUGAACAAGGAUCAUGGUGGAUGAUUACAUGCUCUUCGGGGAUCACUCGCCCUUCACCGGCGCCGGCGAUAACUGGUCACAAAACACCGGUAUCACCGGUCGACGUCGCCACUUCCUCGGUAAUCUCAUCAUCACCCUCCUCGUCCCGCUGUAGUUGCCCCUAUUCAUUGUUACCCCUAUUCACUCAAACCGGUCUAUGCUUGGAGCGCCGCAGGGAUCCUGCCCAACAUCGGUGCGGGGAAGUUCGACACAUUGAUCCGCAAUGCCGCUGCCUGGUCUCGGUAGAUCACACAGGUCGACAGGAGUCAAUUCGUGUAUAAAGGUCCAACGGAAACCGAGAGUCAUCUUACCGUCUGAGUGGGGGUCCGUGGGGGUAUCCAAUAUCAGAGCGGCUUCUGAAUCACGAAACCGCAUACUCUCAACUUGAACACCGACUCGCCUGCCAACCAUGUCUCCCAAACCUAGCAUGAAGUUUGGAAGCAAGAAUGCGAUCAGGGACGAACUCACCCGUAACCUGAUCUUUGUGGCGUUUUUCGCCUGUAUGGGGUCGUUCACUUUCGGGUACGACAACGCCUGGUGGGGAGGUGUACUCGGCCACCCCUAUUUCGUCGAGAUCUUCGGGACGGACACUAUCAAGGCCGGGCAGACCGUCAGGGAACUCACUUCGACGCAGAUCUCGGUGGGUACCGCCAUGGGAUCCGCUUGCAUCGGAAUAGGAUGCAUGGCAGCCGGUUACGUCGCCGAUACGAUCGGGAGGAAGCGUUCGUUCUACGUCACGGCCAUCGGUUCGGGGGUAGGCACCGUCAUCGAGGUGACUUCCGGGAUCGGAGGUGGAAGGUUUUGGCAGCUCGUCGCGGGGAAAUUGGUCAUCUGUCUGGCCAUCGGGAUCGCCUCGGUUUCCGUACCGCUGUACCUCGCUGAAUGUGCGCCUGGGCCGAUCAGGGGUGCCAUGGUCAACUCGUACGUCUGGGUUCAGUCUAUCGGAGGGUUCGUCGCAUACGGCGUCAUCUAUGGGAUCCUCAGCAAACAAUCCCAGAUCGUCUGGAUCUUGCCGAUUUGCCUUCAAAUGCUCGCCCCCUUCGUAACCUGCGUUAUGGCACCGCGACUGCCCGAAUCCCCGAGGUGGCUCGUGGAGAAAGGUCGUACGGAUGAGGCCAGGUCGGCCCUCCUGUUUUUGCGAGGUGGCAAGGAAGGUUACGACGUCGAGGCGGAUGUGCGGGGCUUGGAGGAGAGCUUCAGGAUCGCUCAGACGAAACGACAGUUGGGAUGGCUCGAGUGUUUCAAGGGAAGGAAUUUGGCGAGGACGAACGUUUGCGUUGGUGUGCAGAGUUUGCAACAGGGUCAAGGUCUCGCAUUCAUUGCGAACUAUAUGGUCAUCUUCUUCAUUCAACUCGGCAUCGAAAACCCUUACAUGAUCUUGCUCAUCAUCUACGGCGCCAUCAUGAUUCCGUUCACCGCCACCGGUUUCUUUACGCAAGACUACUUUGGACGUCGAACUUUGUUGAUGACCGGAGGGUCUGUCAUGGGCGCCAGCAUGCUCGCCCUCGCAGGUGUGGUGGCUUCCACCUCGGACGGUACUGUCACUGGCGCCAAGGCCAACGUUUGCGUCUUCUUCAUCGUACUCUGGCUCGUAGCGUUCACUCAAUCGUGGACUGGUAUCCCCUGGACUGUCUCGGCCGAGGUACCUGCAGAUGAUUUGCGAGACAAGACCUUGGCAUUGGGUGCUGCGUCGGGUUACUGGAUCGGGAUGGUCGUCUCGCUCGUCUCGCCGUACCUUCAACAAGAACCCGUCAACAUGGGUGGCAAGAUCGGAUUCAUCUGGGGAGGCGUGUCCGCGAUCACCCUCGCUUGGGUGUUUUGGUUCGUUCCCGAACUCAAGGGCCGAACGCUUGAGCAGAUCGACUACAUGUACGAUCGAGGUGUUCCUGCACGCAAGAUGUCGACGUACGUCAUGGAGACCCUACCGGAGGAAAGCGAGCAGGCCGACCCUGCUUACCCGGUAGAUGACAAGAUGGCGGAAAAGGGUGAAUUUGCGCAUGACGACGAAUUCCACGCCCGGGCUUAGGAGAGGUGUCGGUUCGCCCAGCUCGAGCAAUGACAGGAAGCCUGACAGCAGGUGUGUCAGAGGUCGACCGGAAGUGGGAUUGUGUGUGAAGAGGAGCUGGCCGUGCUAUUAUUGUAUUGUCAUGUAGUAUAUGCUCGCGAUGAAGCAUCAAAUCGAU